ACUGAAAAACAAAAGAAAAUGAGGGAAAGCCCUUUAGAAUCUGCAGCUCCUCCAAAACGGCAGCCCGCCUCAUCACAAGAACCCCAACGACACGCCACAUCACCCCCAUCCUCCGUCAAUUCCAUCAGAUUGCCCUCAUCACUUUUAAAGGGAAACAUGUGUCCCGCAGACGUUACUGUAGAAGAUCUUCACCCUGAGAAGCAUGAUCCCCUCCACGGUAAGGAGGAGGAGAUGCUGCACAUCAAAAAGGAGACGGAGCCACAGAUCUCCUACAUUAAAGAAGAAGAAAAGGAAUAUGAAAUCCCAAAGUUUCCAGUGACCGACAGUGUGAAGAGUGAAGAAGACAAAGGUCCAAGCGAAGAGAAUGGAGCAGCGAAACAUUCGAGUGACACCUCAUUUCAGCACCUGACAACAAAAGGAGAGGUGCGAUCGCAACCGGACGACCUGUUAGCUCCGCUUUCGGACAGCGACGACGUAACAUCACACUCUUCUGACUUCAACACUGAUGAGGAGGAGGAUGACUUUGACCAAAAUGCUUCAAAAUCCUUAAACAGGCCAUCAUUGAAAAGAGACGCAACAGAAUGUGCGGGUGAGAAACCAUUUGCAUGCACCCUUUGCAACAAAAGAUAUUCUUGGAAGGCUGAUUUAAAAAAGCAUAAGCGUAUACACACUGGAGAAAAGCCUUUUGUCUGCACAUCUUGUGGUAAAACAUUUACCACGCAGAGAUAUUUAAAAAGCCACGCAAGAACACAUAAUGGAGAGAUGCCUUUCGCGUGCUCAAUUUGUGAGAAAAGAUUUCGCACAAAGUAUCAGGUGACAAGACACAUGCGUACACAUAGUGGAGAAAAGCCUUUUUCCUGCUCAGUUUGUCAUAACAAAUUCUAUCAGAAGGGAUCUUUAAACAGACACGCAAGAACACACGCUGCACAGAAGAUUUUCGCCUGCUCAUUUUGUGAGAAAAGAUUUCCAUCGAAUUAUCAAUUGACAAGACAUACGCGUACACACACAGGAGAAAAGCCUUUUUCCUGCUCAGUUUGUCAUCGAGGAUUCCGUCUGAAGGGAACUUUAAACAGACACGAAAGAACGCACACUGGAGAGAAGCCUUUCGCCUGCUCAUUUUGUGAGAAAAGAUUUGGUUCGAGGUAUGACAUGACAAGACACACGCGUACGCACACUGGAGAAAAGCCUUUUUCCUGCUCAGUUUGUCAUCACAGAUUCCGUCUGAAGGGAACUUUAAACAGGCACGCAAGAACGCACAAUGGAGAGAAACCGUUUGACUGCUCAUUUUGUGGGAAAGGAUUCAAUAAGAAAGGACAGUUAGUAUCUCACGCACGAAGCCACACUGGUGAAAAACCUUUGAAUUGCAGUGUGUGACAAGAUAAUCUGAUUCCUGCCACAUAUUUACGGUGAAAAAAAACAUUUUUACAUUGGAAAAAAUCUUGUAGCACACCACAAAAUAAAAAUAUUUGGUUUAUGUGAUCAAUGUCAUUGUAAAACUUCACAAAUGUAGAUACUUAAAAACAAAACCUUGUUUUAAGCAUUGGAUGAAUAAGUUUCUUCUUUGGUAUAGGUCUCUGAAGAUGAUCAAUAAGCAUUCAGUCCUCAAUUUGGUGUCAUUCUUUGAGAGAGUUGAUUUUUCUUUGUAAAGCCCCGUGAUUGUGAGAAGGGGGGUGUGCGUGUGUGUGGGUAUGAAUGCAAACAUAUGGCAAACAAAUGAGAUUUUGUAAAUUGUGAUACUGUCUUUGAGUUUCUUGUUACAAUAUUGGACUAUAAGGAGCCUG